CAAAACGCUCGGGACCUUCAAGGCGGUCAAACACGCUUUCGUGCGCCGCGUACUUCUACAAGUGUUUAGUACGUUUCCGGCCGAGAGACGCACACCACGGACUACCGGUGUGUCGGUGUACGUUAAUCACUGCCGGGUGAUGAAAAUCGUUUGUCGAACUUCGAAGUAUUAAGUAUUAAAAUAUUGUUAAGGCUCUCAUCGGUAUCGCGUUAUUUAACACAUGUGUCUUUGAUUCAAUCGUGUCUACGUGAGUGUCAGUGUUAGUGCCACGAGGAGGCAAUCAGUAUGCUGAAUUAGAGUGCCAGGACGAAACAGAACGCCGGGCAUCGAUACAUCAUCUAUUUGCAAGAAACUCGUUCCAAAACCAAGAGCCUGUCAAAGUCGGCCUCGAUCAGGACGCAGAGGAAUACAACAUGAACCACAAGAGGAGAGGAGUGGCUCUCGUGUUGAACCACAUUCACUUCGAGAACAUGAAUACUCGUAAGGGCUCCGAGAAGGACGCCGAGAACCUCCGGACGUCGUUAAGCAAUCUCGGAUUCGAAAUUCGAAUCUACACCGAUCCGACGAUCAAAACUAUAUCUACAGUUCUGCACACGACCGCUGCGGAAGACCACACGGAUGCCGACUGCCUGAUCGUGGUCGCAAUGUCACACGGCGAGUCGGGUCUAUUGCAUUCGACCGACAGUCUGUAUCCAGUCGAUAUGCUGUGGACUCCUUUCACGGGCGAUCGAUGCUCCAGCCUAGCCGGGAAACCGAAGUUGUUCUUCAUUCAGGCGUGCCGCGGGACGCAACUGGACAAAGGGGUGAAAAUUAUUCAUGAGACAGAUAGCAAGAAGACUACGUACUACAGCAUCCCCGCCUAUGCAGAUAUUAUGGUCGCGUACUCCACUUACGACGGUUUUUACUCCUGGCGCAACCCAGACUCAGGCUCAUGGUUCAUACAGGCGCUUUGCGAGGAGCUGGAUCUUCACGGGCGCAGCCGCGACUUACUCAGCCUGAUGACCUUCGUAAACCGGCGCGUCGCCAUUGAGUAUCAAUCGUAUGUGCCGGAGAACAUCAAGUUCCACACGAAGAAACAAAUCCCGUCGGUCGUCUCGAUGUUAACGCGCCUCGUGUACUUCCGCGACAGGCGCGCGCUGUACGAUGCAGACGACGACAAAUCGGAAACGGAAGUUGUCAAGCUCGCAAGGGAGUAACCCUUGAACGCGGGGAACGACGUCCUCAUUCCCGACUAAGCCUACGGGAAUGGAUUCCCCGUCGGGACGCUUCUCGUUCGGAAAACGAUCAACGCGAUCGACUCGCGAAAUUCGCUUAGACAGUCUCGGUUGAAUACCGAGAGUAGCGGAGCUGAAGGGAACAACGUGUGAAAAAGUAAAUAAUACAAAAAAUGUGGGUUAUUUAUUUAGGUGAGUGCAGACAAUCAUUUUUCGUUUGUUUCUAUUUAUUUUUAUAGAGAAAUAAUAUUUUGUCACGCUUUAUAUAUAUAUAUAUAUAUAUACAUAUUAAAGUAUUGCCUAUUAAAACAACAUCUAAGAGAAAAUUGCAAAAUUUUAGCGCGAUUAUAAAGAGAAAACUUACUAUUGGGUUUCCUAUUGAGAUUGCGUGUUUGUAUAUAUGUGUAUGAGGGAUGACAUCGCGAGAUUUAAUUACGCUCAAUAUCUUCUUGUGAACGAGAAAUGUAAUGUGUAUUACCAGGUUGUUCAGUUUAUCCUAGCUGAUAUCGUCAAACUAUAAUGCACGCGGCGCGAAACUGAACGAAACAGCGAAUUACGCGUUUUAACGCGAGCAGAUUGCAAAAUUAUUUAAUACCUGAAUUACGCUUAUAUCCGCUGUCCAUUCGUUUGCACAAAUGAGUUUAUAAAUAAAUUAUGAAAUACCAGUCUACGCUUGAUAAUGUCACGCGAAGUAAAAUAAAUCGCUAGUAACGCAUUCAGCAGCAUACUACGAAUUAUUAUAUUAUAAUUGAACUCAGUAUAUUAUUCUUAAUUAGCUUGCUAAUUAUGUGCAGACCUUCACAGCUUUUAUAGAGCGCUAUAAAAGCUGUUAUCAUAAUAGCGAAGAAUAAUAAUGAUCGACGUUUCUCGCGGUUUCACUAUUUAGAUUCAUCCCGAUGAAGUAACUAUCAUGGAGAAUAAAGUGGAACCAAUUGGUUUGUGGGAAAUGGGGAAAUAUUUCACUUCGACUAGUACGAUGUUAAUUUUUCCUCGGUAAAAAUUUAAUUAAUUCCUCUUAGGUCUGGUUGCACCAACAUUAUUUUGGCUUUAAGCGAAACUUAAACAUAUAUCUAUCUUUAUCUUUCUUUCUAUAUAAACAAAGAUAGACAUAUAUUUAAGUGUCACUUAAAACCAAAAUAACGUUGGUGCAACCGGGCUUAACUCUCCCUGCGUAAUGUAUGAUGAUUUUGUAUUAUAUAAAAUUUUGUAUUAAAUGAUUUUAUAUUAUAUGAAAUUUAAUAUUAUAUAUGUAGAAAUGUAAUAAAUAAUAUUGAGAUUUAGCAGAGUCUAACCGUCGAUCGAUUAGUCAUGUUGGUAAACGAAAAGUUUUCAGCAUACCAACAUUAUGUUUUCAUAACGUCUCACGCGUCGCUCAGCUAACUCGGAUCCUCGCAUCUACGUAUAAGAAUGCGUCAACAAUACAAAAACUGUCUAAAUCAUUGUAUACGGUUGGAAGCUUUUGUUUGAGACGACUAACAGUAUAUACCGGAUAAUACAUAAAUUUGUAAGACCGUUAUCCAGGAGCGAUCUUGUUCGUUUGUUCGUUCGUUCGUUCUGAAUGACAUCAAAUAAAUAAUUAGAGAGAAA